AGUAAACGCUCGGGGUUAAAACGUGUGAACACAGAAAAGGAUGGAUUUCCGGUGGAUUUAAAGAGUUUCGUUAGGUUCUUUAACGUGCAGGGUACGUGAAAACCAUGACGCUGUCCGACUACAUCGGGGCACUAUCGGAGAACCCGUACUUCGGGGCCGGUUUUGGCCUGUUCGGCGUGGGGGCCGGGGCCGCGAUGUUACGUAAAGGCGUUCAGGGUGCGAUGAUCCUGUUCCGGCGCCACUACAUGAUCACGCUCGAGGUGCCGUGCCGGGACAAAUCGUACCAGUGGCUACUACAGUGGAUCACCCAGAAGGGCGCCCGGCAAACACAGCAUCUGAGCGUGGAGACGUCCUUCGAGCAACGCGAUACGGGCCACGUAAAGACACGCUACGACUUCAUACCCUCAGUCGGAACGCACAUAAUGCGGUACGGUGGCACCUGGAUCAAGGUGGAUCGUGCCCGGGAACAGCACACGCUGGAUCUGCAUAUGGGUGUACCGUGGGAAACGGUUCAGUUGACUGCAUUCGGACGCGAUAAGCAACUAUAUUUUCGCAUCCUGGAAGAAGCGCGCCAGCUAGCGCUUAAAAACACCGAAGGCAAAACCAUCAUGUAUACGGCCAUGGGCUCCGAGUGGCGUCCCUUCGGUCAUCCACGGAAACGACGGCCACUGCGCUCGGUCGUGCUGGAUGAUGGUGUUUCCGAGCGCAUCUUGCGCGAUUGCCGUGAGUUCAUCCAGAAUCCGGGCUGGUACGCCGACCGAGGAAUCCCUUAUCGACGCGGUUACCUUCUGCACGGACCACCGGGCUGCGGCAAGUCCAGCUUCAUUACGGCACUCGCCGGAGAGAUCGAGUUCGGUAUCUGCCUGCUGAACCUCUCGGAACGUGGCCUAACGGACGAUCGGUUAAACCAUCUGAUGAACGUCGCUCCGCAGCAAUCGAUCAUUCUGCUAGAGGACAUCGAUGCAGCGUUCGUUUCGCGCCAGGAUACGCUUCAACAGAAGGCCGCCUUCGAGGGAUUGAAUCGGGUCACGUUCAGUGGUUUGCUGAACUGUCUCGAUGGCGUUGCAUCAACCGAGGCACGCAUCGUCUUCAUGACCACCAACUACCUCGAGCGGCUCGAUCCGGCCCUCAUCCGACCGGGCCGUGUCGAUGUGAAGGAGUACGUAGGACACUGUUCACGCCAUCAGUUGGAGCAAAUGUUCCGCCGGUUCUACAGUGGUACGGAUGCUGAAGCGAAUGCCCGGCUGUUUGCCGAAAAGGUGGCCGCCGAUGGACGAAACGUUAGUCCGGCUCAGGUACAGGGUUACUUUAUGGUGCACAAGGUGUCUGACCAGCAAACCGUGCUAGAUAACGUCGCUAACAUCUGGGAAAGUUCAUGAGAGUGGGGGGCUUGGGGAUCUUAAGGAGGACAUAAAGAGACAUUUAAUAGAACCAUACACAAAACAGAAAUUAAC